GAGAUUAUUUUCAUUCAUAACACUCCGAGACUUCUUUCGUACUCUUUUCCUAUUCUUCUUUAGUGUCUUCAAAACAGAGACGAUUCGAAACAGAGACGAAAAACGAAGCAGAGGUGAAGAGAAAGAGCCCGUAACCCUUUUAUUACUUUGGUAAAAUCUCUUCCGUUCUGCGCCGGAAAAAAAUGGAAGUUAACGACGAUCUUCACGCCUUACUCGACGAACAACGCCGCGAAAUCGCCGCCGCGGAAGCCGCCGAGAACGAUCUCCUCUUCGCCUUUCAACUCCAAAUGGAAGAAGCCAUGUACAACUCUCUCCCAAAAGAAAAUGCCCCUUCAACUUCAAAGCUCACUUUUUACGACGAUGACGCCAUCCCGACGAACACAGUCGCCGAUCUCUUCGCCGAGGAAUUGUCAAACUACGAGCAGCAAGUUCUCGAUUGUAAAAAAGCGGAAGCGGAGAUGAAGAAAAUCCAAGACGAUCUCAACCGUCGAAUCCACGAUCAGGCCUUCGCGCGUGAGAUACAAAACGUGCCGGAGGGCCAGUGGAAAGAGACGGGAGAUCAUUUGCAUCGGCCGUACGGUGAGGGUUCAUCGAAAGGUGGGGCCCAAAAUGGGAGUGGGGAGUGUUUUAGGGUUUAUGUGAAGGGUUUAAUGGGAGAAGAUGUUGAAGAAGAGAGUGUUGUUGUGGGGAAACAACAACAAGUCGCUGGGAUUGGAGUUGCGGUGUGUGAUCCCAGUGGUAUUUUGGUGUUUGAACUGAGUAAGGGUUUGGGUGAAAGCACUAUUGAAGUGUUGAAUGAUGAAAUUGUGGAGCUGAAAGCGCUGAUUGAAGGGCUUGAUGUUGCUGUAAUGCUGGGUUUGAAAAGGGUUAAUGUUUUUUUGGAUAGUCAAAUGACAUUGCAAUAUGUUAGGGGCAAGUUGCAUCCAGGGGAGGGUAACAUUGCUGCACUUGUUGAACAGGCAACAUCUUGUUUAAGAAAAUUUAUGGAUUGUACACCAUUUCUUGUGACACCAAACACCGUCAACUUUGCAGUUAGACUUGCUACUGAUGCAAUAGUCUCUCAGGUUAAGCGACCUUUAGAAAAUACUCGAAAGAGAAAGAGCAUUACCGAGACUUGUGCUAUUUGUUUGCAGGAUACUGACAUGGACCAUAUGUUUCUAAUUAAUGGUUGCCUACAUUAUUAUUGCUUUUCUUGUAUGAAUAAACAUGUCGAAGCUAAGCUCCUUCAGGGAAUUCUGCCUGAAUGCCCUCAUGAUAAAUGCAAGUCUGUGUUGAAAUUAGAUAACUGCAAAAAGUUCUUGACGCCUAAGCUAUAUGAUUUGAUGAGUGAACGUGUGAAGGAAACUACUAUUCCUAUCACGGAAAAGAUUUACUGCCCAAAUCCUAAGUGUUCUACAUUGAUGUCAAAAGCUGAGGUCCAAACUUCUGCCCAAGCUGGGGCCAGAACGUGCACCAAAUGUCGCCUCAUUUUCUGUAUCAAUUGCAAAGUUCCUUGGCAUCAAAACAUGACUUGUGUUGACUAUAGAAGAUUAAACCCUUACAAGUGCGUGGAUGACCCAAAGCUCAAGUCUCUUGCUACACAGAGUCUUUGGCGUCAGUGUAUAAAGUGCAACCAUAUGGUGUCCCUUGGGGAAGGUUGCUAUCAUAUUUAUUGCAGAUGUGGCUAUGAGUUCUGUUACACGUGCGGAGCUGAAUGGAAGAAUAAGAAACCAACAUGUUCCUGUCAACUAUGGGAUGAGCGAAAUAUCAUUUAUGAAAAUAGACACCAACCAAGAAGAGGCUGAUCGUGGCUAUGACUGUUCCAGUCUAUUUUGCAACUGAAGUUUUGCGGAGACUAAUCAGCAAUGAGAGGAGAUGGGAGUAAAUAUAAUCUUUGAUAUGUGCAGUUUUGUUCCAGGGGGCUUUUGUAGUAUUCUUGUUAAUACUUGCUGCAAGGAUGCCAGUAUUAGGAGAUGUGAGAUAUGUGCAAACAACCUUAUCAGAUGUAAUGUACUUUUUUGUGCACAAUGUCAUGCAAAUUUUUUCAAAGAAAAUUGCCUGAUUGUCAUGAUCAA